CGCAAUAAUUUUGAACAAAAAUGGCGUCUCUGUGAGUUGUCCUUUUCGCACUGACAUAAUUUGAAAUAAUUUUACAAUUUAGGAUAUCUUAUCGUAAUAAAAAUUUAUAUUUACGUAUCAUGUAGACAGUAUUUACACUAAUAACUAUAGUGUUAAUGGACUUUAACAAAUUGUCUUUAAGUAGGUUUAUACUAGAAUAAUGUCGUCGCUUGGGCGACGCUUUUUUCCCGUGUUUCCACGACAAUGUAUUAACAACAACCCGUGCCGGCGUGUUAUUUGCGCGUUUUAGUGCAAGAUACAGGUGCAAAGUGCAAAAAUGGACAAGAAAAAUAAAAAGAAAGUAGUUAUUAAGAGGAAAAGUGACGAACCAGUAGACAGUGAGAAAAAGGCCAAAAUGGUGAACCGGAAGGCUGAUGGUGAUAAGGAGAAAGUGGAAGUGGUGAACCAGGUUGUGGAGGUGCCUGUGGAGCAAGGCCAGCAGAUAGUGCACACGGGACAGCUGGUGGAGGGCAAUUUUGAACAGCCAGUUUUUGUCAACAUGAAAGGAGAGCCAGUACAAUUAGGUCCAAACACAGUAAUUCUAUACGAGCAAAGUGGUAACCCAUCCAACUUUGCCUUUGGUAGUAUGUGGACCAUGGACCCUUCAGGGCGAAUCGUGAUGGCGGAAACAAUAUACGAUGUGAAGGGCGAACCAGAGGAGGAAGGCAGUACAUAUGUCCAGAAUACGACUGAAGUUAGCAACCAACAAGUAGAUGAGCAAGGCAAUACGUACCAACAGUAUGAGCUGAGCAACAACGCCCAGGUGGAAGGCCAGCAAGAGUAUGAGGUGGCGAUUAUAGAGAAUCCAGUGGCCGAGUCGGCGAACAGAGAAAACGAUCCUCAAGUGAUAACUACGGAAGAGCAGUUGGUAGCCGCAGGCGUGGCCGCGGUGCGUUGGCUCAACCAAAAAUAUGACUUUGUUGUGAGGAAGUUACAGCUGAACUAUGAUGCUGGAGUGAAGUUACUGCACUCGGCGUCGGGGUGCAUUCAAUGCGUAUACCUGACCACGCCGAGCAUGCAGCUCGCGUUCAACGCGGUGCCGCAGUUCCUGUGCAUCGAGACUGGCAUAGAGUUCAACAGCGGUAUACCGAUAGUGAGCGGCUCGGCCAGUCCCAGCGUCAAGCACAACGUAACUCUGUUCCUUGCGGAAGACGGCAAUGGGAAGUCGGUCAUCGUCAGCGCUGGCAUAUCAACUUUGAUCGGCGAGGAGGUGUCCUGGCUACUGGAGACGUUCAAGUCCUGCAACCCCGCCUGGCGGCAGGUGCGCUGCGUUGUUGCAGAUCCCGCGCGACAUCAGGCGGCUCGAGCGGCGUUCCCGGGCGCACACGUAAGCAGCUCAGUGUGGCAGGCGGCGCGGGCGGGCGCGCGCGCCUGCAACGAGGCCGCGCGGCGGGACGGCACCGCGCUGGCGCCAGCACUCGCGCCAGCGGACGUCGCCGCGCGCUGCAAGACGUACGCGCUGGCGCUGCUGCGCGGCGAGCACACGCCCGCGCAACUACUUGUAUUAAAACGGGGUAUAAUAGGUACCGGGGCGGGUACGCUGCGGCUGUGGGACCUACUCACGCGGCCCGGCGGCGCAAUUUCCAAACUCGACUCGUGGCUUGAACCGGACAACUAUACUAAUAUAUUGCACAAGGGCCUGGAGCGGCUAGUGGCCAAGUUCCAGUCGGUGGUGCGGUCGUCGAUGCAGCCGGACGAGUUCGUCUCGUUGUUCUUCAACAUUGCCAACCAGCUGGAGGACGAGAGGCGGAACUUCGCCAUCAGUAGGCUCAGGGAUACGGAGACGCUGAAACAGUCGCCAACGGACACAAUAACCCAAUACGCUUACAACCUGAUGAGUCACCAGACGAAGCUAGCACAGAAAUGUCUUGACGACAGAGCGGGCAAACGUCACAGCAGCUCGGCGAUAUGCAAGUACGGAACGUCUACACAGGAGUGCUCGUGCCUCUUCAGCAAAGUGUUCCGGCUACCCUGCAGACAUAUCCUAAUGCUCACCACUGAACUGAAGGUGAAGACCCACAUUCCGUUCGAGCCGCGGUGGACGGUGCAGCACUGUCUAUUCGGCUGCGACUCCAGCACCACUGCCGCGCCCACCACCACGCCUGCAGCCACCCCCGCCGGAAGCGGUGGCGGCAGCGGGUUCAUGGAGCAGGUGGUGGUGGAGACCACCGACGGUCACCGGCAGACGAUACAGCAGCCGCAACAAAUUCACCAGGUAAGCGGCGUCCGACCACAGCAGUAUGUGCUGGCGGCGCCGGGCCAGCCAGCCACGCCGGUCUCGCAGGUGAUAUUCUGCGGCGGCAGCGUGGGAUCAGUUGGAUCUGUAGGAUCGGUAGGAUCAGUGGGGUCGGUGUCGUCGGUGGGCGGCGCGCCCGUCAUCACGUCGGUGCUGCCCCCUGGCGGCGCAGUACUCACCCCACACCACGCCCUGCAUCAGUAGCAAACGGCAACCAACAAUAAUUAAUAUCCACUCGUACGUACAGUAACCGAUCAACAGUAAGCGGUAAACGUAUAUGAGAAUUCACAAUAAGUAACUCAGGGUCACCAGUGUCUGGUAGCUACUGAUGAACUGUUUGAGAUCAACAGUAACUUUUAUACUAAGAUUCAAUUAAACAAUAACAUAAAAGGCAACCAGUAACAGACAUAAAUAGCUAAUUAUUCAUAUAUAAGAACUUACAAUCAGAAUAUACAGGAUGGAAGGGACAGGUUGGCCAAAGCGAGCACAGCUGAUUCAGAUGAACGGUCUGAAUCAGAUGAUCACAGCCAUAUAAUUAACGAUUCUUAGUUUUGACGCCGAGCAAUGUAUUUGAAAUUUUACGAUACACACGACGCGUGAUACCAACACUGCGCAAUCAAUGGCGCUUCUUCGUAGGUAGUUUUUGUAGGCCUGGGGCGUUAACUUUACACAGCUGAUUCCGCGCGUCGCGAUAGAUUUUUAAUACAAAUAUUUACAUUGCAGUUUUUGGCGUUUCAUACUAUUACAUUAUAAGAUUUUAUUUCUUUAUAUUAUGACAUAAUGUAAUAUAAAGAAGAUAACAUAAUUUUAAAUUAAAAAAAACUGGAAAAAGAAUUGAAAUUUUCCAAAAAGAAUUUCCACCGGCUGUCAGUUCAAAAUGAUGGUCUGAAUCCACUGUUUUAGUUUUUGCCAACCUGUCCCUUACACCCUUUAUAUACUCGUUAAUAUUUACAGACUAAUAUGAAAGAGUUAUCUAAUUAGAAAUGGGAUGAUCGCCAAAGAAAAAAUAUAUAUAUUAAAGACUACACCUGAGUCGUCAGGAAUGGCAACGCAUGGGGACACCGUGAACGUUAUAAAAUUGCUAACAUAUUCAUACAAAGUAAUGGAUACUAAAUUUAUUUAAAUUCUAAUGUAAUAUUUUUCCUUGUUUUUUUUUUUUAAUGUUUUUAUUACAAAAUAUUAUGUAUAAUUUUUGUGAUUCCAGAGAGAUAUAUUUUUAUUUAUUACAUAAAUUAUUAAAAUACUCCUCUAGUAUGCAAUUUACAUUUGGAACUUCUAUACAACCGGUAAACCGUUACACAUCCGGCUCGAAGGACCACAUAUUAAAUGGUCCUUCGAGCCUAUGUCAAACAACGAACUAUAUUUCAAUAGAACUUAAUGAGAAAAUUGAAGUUUUGUUUAAAAUUAUCACAGAAACACUCUCUCUAUGAAAUUGGUAAUGAAUUGAAUUUAUCAAUCAAUGAGUUUGUUUUUUUUUUUUAAUUUAAUCGACUAUUAAAUAUCAGCUCGAUUGUUUGUUUAUAUUUUAAAUUCUAAUAAAAUGGAUUAUAACUUCAUGUAAACAAUAUACGAAAAGCGUAUCUGAUUUUGUACAUAUUUAUAGAGAAGAAAAAUGUAAUAUUUACUGCACUCCUGGUAAAAUAUCUAAUUUAAUUAAUAAAUAUAUCAAUAUUGUUUUUAAUGAAUCGUCCACCUAAUAAUUUAAAUAAAUAAAUGAUUUUUUUUUUUUGUAAAGGUAACUAGGACUUACACAAUUUUUGUAAAUUAUUAAUUUGUACUAAAUCCGAACCAUUAACUCUUCUUCGCAUAAUGGUGGAAAUUUCCAUCACCACACUGAAUGCCCAAAAAUUAUAUAAAAGACCAAGUUCACUUUAAGUUGAUCGUGUCUGGAUACCUUUUUAAUGUCCAUUGCAGAAAAAAAAAAACAUAGCUGUCAAAUUUAUUUUUUUAACCAUUUUUCCUUUAAUUUUGAACAUGAAUUAUAUCACCUUGAUUUAUUUCACC